GUCCCCGGGACGCCCCGGGGGCAGGCAGGGGGGACCCCCCCCCCCCACCCCCCGCCUCAGCAUGGCGAGCAGCAGCGGCUCCAAGGCCGAGUUCAUCGUCGGGGGGAAGUACAAGCUCGUUCGCAAGAUCGGGUCCGGCUCCUUCGGGGACAUCUACCUGGCCAUCAACAUCACCAACGGCGAGGAAGUGGCAGUGAAGCUAGAGUCUCAGAAGGCCAGACACCCCCAGUUGCUGUACGAGAGUAAACUCUAUAAGAUUCUCCAGGGAGGGGUUGGCAUCCCCCACAUACGGUGGUAUGGCCAGGAAAAGGACUACAAUGUUCUAGUCAUGGAUCUUCUUGGACCCAGCCUCGAAGACCUUUUCAAUUUCUGUUCCCGCAGGUUCACAAUGAAAACAGUACUUAUGUUAGCUGACCAGAUGAUCAGUAGAAUUGAAUAUGUGCACACAAAGAAUUUUAUACACAGAGACAUUAAACCAGAUAACUUCCUAAUGGGUAUUGGGCGUCACUGUAAUAAGUGUUUAGAAUCUCCAGUGGGGAAGAGGAAAAGAAGCAUGACUGUUAGUACUUCUCAGGACCCAUCUUUCUCAGGAUUAAACCAGUUAUUCCUUAUUGACUUUGGUUUGGCCAAAAAGUACAGAGACAACAGGACGAGGCAACACAUACCAUAUAGAGAAGAUAAAAAUCUCACUGGCACAGCCCGAUACGCUAGCAUCAAUGCCCACCUUGGCAUUGAGCAGAGUCGCCGAGAUGACAUGGAAUCUCUAGGAUAUGUGUUGAUGUAUUUUAACCGAACCAGCCUGCCAUGGCAAGGAUUAAAGGCUGCCACAAAGAAACAGAAGUAUGAAAAGAUUAGUGAAAAGAAGAUGUCCACUCCAGUCGAAGUUUUGUGUAAGGGGUUCCCUGCAGAAUUCGCCAUGUAUCUAAACUACUGUCGUGGCCUGCGCUUUGAAGAGGCACCAGAUUACAUGUAUCUGAGGCAACUAUUCCGUAUUCUUUUCAGGACCCUAAACCACCAAUACGACUACACGUUUGACUGGACGAUGUUGAAGCAGAAAGCAGCCCAGCAGGCAGCCUCUUCCAGUGGGCAGGGUCAGCAGGCCCAAACCCCCACAGGCAAGCAAACUGACAAAUCCAAGAGUAACAUGAAAGGUUUCUGAGUGUGAACAGAGGAACAGAAGAAGCAGAGCAGACGAUCGGAGCAGGACUUGACACUCCCCAAAUCUAGAAAUUUUAGUUCAUAUGUACACUUGCCAGUGGUUGUGGGCAACCAUUUACUUGGUGUAAAGAACUUAAUUUCAGUAUAAACUGGCUCUGGGCAGCACUGGUGAUGCUGCGUUCUGAGUUGUAGCCGCUGUAAUUGUGAAUAUUAACUGAGAUAGUGAAACAUGGUGUCCAGUUUUCUAUUGCAUUUUUUCAAGUGGAAAAGUUAACUGAAUGGUUGACACAAAAAGUGGUGGAGAAAUUGUGCAUAUGCCAAUUUUUGUUACCUUUGAUUUUGAACUACACUCCUUUAUGAAAAUAGUACUUCUGAAGAAUGGCAUGAACAGUCUUCGACUACAAUUGUGAUGAUUGUAAAUGCUCACAAUUGUGCACCCCUAAGGUUAUUCCUCCCUGGGUUUUGAAAGUUGUACACUUAAACAUUCUUAAAAUUGUUGGCUUCUGUGUGCAAGCCAGCUAUUAUGGUAGCAACCAAAGAUUCCAGUUUUUAAGCAUAUGAAAGACUCUGCCUGCUUACCUGUGCUAGAAAUAACAGCAUCUAAAGCGAAGACUUAAUAAAAACUUAGCGACUACUAGAUUAUCUUUAGGACUCUGCAUUAACUCUAUAAUGUUCUUGGUAUAAAAAGCAAAACAGCAUAUUUGUCACAGGAAUUUAGUUAACAUCUUACAACUGAACUGUAUGUAAGUUGCUUAGAUAAAAUGUAAUCACUGUAAACAUCUAUAUGACCUGGGAUUUUGUUUUUAUUUUGAAAUGGGAGCUUUUUUUGUUUACAAAUUCAUUAAAAACUAAAAACUGUUUCUGUAAGGAAAUGAGGUUUUUCUUUUUAAUACCUUGCUAAUUCACAAUGAAAUGAACAUCACCCCAGUUUUUAAAUAGAGCACUUCAAGGCCAUUCAUUAAAACAACUCAUAUUCCUUUGCAAAUCAUUUUAGACUUUAGAUUCCUUUGUACCGCUUCCUCUUUUUUUUUUUUUUUUUUUAAAUAAAUUUUGAAUUUUUUUUCUCAAGGGGAAAGGCACUCUUGCAUUUUAAAACAAAAAUCUUUGCUGCAUCAAUACCUAGUACUGAAUCUUAUGAGGAGAUGGUAUUGGCUGCUCACGUGUCGUCGUUGAUUCAACAGCUGGACUGAUUUGAGACCCAUUUUGGGAAGUUAGAAUGAAAGUGCUGAAGGGUUUUACAACAGGGGAAUUUUUUUUUUCUUGGAAAUGCUUGUGGAGCGGCUACGGUCAAACUGAUUCUUGUUUUUGGAUGCCUCAUUCAUUAAUACCCUUCAGGCUGUCUGCUCUUCCCCCUCACUCCUCCUGACCUCUCUUUUUCUCUCUCUCUGUCUCUCUCAGUAUCUCUUUCUCUCGCACAAACACACACACCCUUACUCUCUCUGUCUCUCUGAAUCUGUCCCAGUAGAAAGAAAGAAAGUCUUUUGCUGGUAAUUCUUAAAAUGGUGUAAUUUAUUCCUUUAUAGCAUGUCAGAAUCAAUUAAAAAAAAUUGUCUAAAAAUGCUACUAGAUGGCCUAUCGUGUAAACGUGGUGUUUUGUACAUUAGCUUUGUUGAGACUGUAAAUUUCCACACGUGUGUUAAGGUUUGGUCCCAAUGUAGUCUUGAAUCCCAGAAUAGGUUUUCGAAUUUUGAAAAAUGCCUUAGGAAUUAUUCCACGAUUGCCACACAAUCGGCCGUUAAGGGAUAGGAGAGCAGAACUCGAUCACUGCAGCAGUCUAAUGAGUGAGCUCCAGACCUGGGCGGCAGGUUCCCGUUUCUGUUUUUCUCUUUCUCUUCUUGGUCUGUCAAGGUGUCGAUCUGCUUUCAGAAUCCACCUUUGGAUAAAGGAAAAUUGCUUUGGUACUCUCUUUUCCCAGGCUGAACUGCCAAUGGCAAAAUACUUUUCAGUGCUUUCAUUUACUAUGCACUUAGACUAUGCACUUUUACUGAGGUAUUUUUGUAACUCUCACCCCUUUUGUAAUCUUGCCAUUUGAAAAAGGUUGUGGUGUAGUAUGUAGUUCUUGUAAUUAAGUUGCGGGUUUAAGACUGCUGAUAGCUUUGUAAAUCAGAAAUGGCGUCGUUUGUCCCGAGCGUGUUGUCGUUACACCUUCGCCUGGAACUCAUUUUCACCUUCUAGCUACCGUUCCUUUUCUUCACAGUUGACAAAAGAAGAUUCUGAAAUACAGUGAAUGCUUUGACAAAUCCUGGUUGGAGAGGAGAUCCCAUUUGAAAUAGAAUUAAAAAUACGCUUUCCCUCUAAAGUGAUGGUACAAGUUGAAGACGCGGCAUUCCGAAAUUGGACUUCUUGAACAACACUGGUUCUGCAGUGGCUCACUCAGCUGAACUCUAGGUCACUCCUAAUAACUCCUUGGUUCACCCUUGGGGGAUGGUGUGGUUUUCAGAAGUGUUGGGAGCUGGCCAACGGAACCGCUGUCGAAUGUCUUUGUUUUGGGGAGAAAUAUAAGCAAAUAAAUUGGAGGAGAGACCUGUUCUCUCUUCAUAUAUGGUUGUGCA